AUGUCGAAUGAAUUAGCGGUGAUAGAAAAAAAUGAAAUUAUUAACCUUGCAGUUAAUUUGAUCUGGAAUGCUACAGAAAAAAGUGUCUCUUCAGUAAUAUUUAAUGGCGAAACUGCGACAGUUUUAAGUCAAGCUUGUUCUCGUUCGAUUAUUGUGGAUUUGGAUGAAACAGAUUCAGUAAUUAUAAAAGGUGAAACUUAUAGAAAAUUAAAGGAAAAGGUAAUUGAGGUCAGUGAAGACGCAUCAAAUAUAGAUAAUGAAAAAGAAAUUGAUUAUGUAACUAAAAAAUCAUCGAGAGUCUCAAUCGAUGACAGUCAACUCUUCAGAAAUGCGUCGACAAAGAUAAAUAAAUUUAAAGCUGCCAAAUUUACGCGAAAUGAUAAUCAAACUUUCAAUAAUGAGCAAAAAGAAAGUGACAAUGAAACAUCAUCACAAAUUGAUGAACUAGAAGAUUCCAAUUCAUAUAGAGUAAGGCAAUUUUUCAAUUAUUACUAUACAAAAUCAAUCAAACUAACCUUAGCAAAUUCAAAGAGGCGAGUUUUAAAACGUAAAGCUAAGAAUACAGGUAGAAGAGAUAAAA